AUGUCGCCCUCAUCAUGGACUAUCCUCGUGGCUGGAAACCAACGCGACAACUCGUCUACCUGUAAGCAGGCUACAGGACAACGGCAGUACGACUACACUCCGGCGCCCUGGCUCCAUGAAGUGAUUGAACGAGCGUGGAGAGACGAGGUCGUUCCUGAUGACUGGAGCUUAGGCAUCCUUGUACUUAUCCUCAAGAAGGGAGAUACGACGAAAUGGGAGAACUACCGCGGCAUAAGUCUCAUCGACGUUGCUGCGAAGAACAUUGCUAUUGUCCUACUCAGGCGAUUCCAGGCUGUGCGUGACUCAAGGACGAGGCCCAACCAAGCCGGAUUUCGUGCUGAACGUGGAUGCGCAGAUCAGAUAUUCACACUGAGGCGCAUUCUCGAAUUUGGCCAUAGCUACCAACAACCGACGGCCGUUUGCUUCGUUGAUUUUGCCGCCGCGUUCGAUUCGGUUCAGCGUGAGUCUCUGUGGCGGAUAAUGGCGCUAGAUGGUGUACCGGCAAAAAUCAUCGCCAUGAUCAAGGCCUACUAUCGCUCCACUACUGCGAGAGUCCUGGUCCGUAACAAUCUUUCCCAACCGUUCGCUAUUCGGUCUGGCGUCCGACAGGGUUGUAUCCUGUCAUCCAUACUGUUCAACUACGCUAUUGACUGGAUCCUCGGGAGGGCCCUACGCGACAGUGACGGCGUUGAAUUUGCACCCGGACAUCGACUGACUGAUCUCGACUAUGCCGAUGAUAUCGUCUUACUUGCUUCAAGUUUUGGUGAUCUGCAGUCGAUGGUGUCACAGGUGAACGAGAACGCUGAAUCAGUCGGUUUGUCCAUAAACGCUGGGAAGACCAAAGUAUUCUCAAGCUGCAUCCCUGACCAGGAGAAGGCACCCCUGGGGAUUGAUGGCUGUCAACUUGAAGAAGUGGACAGUUUUAAAUACCUCGGGGCGAGGCUGCUGCCUAAUCGACAGAGCAAGGACGACAUUGUCUCCCGAAUCGACGCUGCCCGCUGGGUUUUUUCAAGCCUUCGGAAAUGCCUGUGGGACCGACGUGACCUCUCCAUCGCCACUAAGAUUCGCGUGUACCGUGCAUCUGUCCGGUCUGUCCUUCCCUACGGUUGUGAAUGCUGGACUUUGCGCGUGGAGGAUGAGCGAAAAUUGGAGGUAUUUGACCACCACUGCUUGAGGACCAUCCUUCGAGAGCUUACCAUGCAUCUAUUUCACAAUUCUAUCCUGACUUCGGUUCGCGUUCUCAGGUUGCAACUUCCGAGGACAAAUGGCGAUGAGGAAAGAGACUGGUGUCUGCUCAACAACAACAACAACCUUCCUAUCCACACUGAAAACUACCUCAUUGUUGUCUCCAGGUCGAUCUUGCGCCGACCGCAGAGGGUUCGACGUCAGCCACGAGCUUACCAUGCAUCUAUUUCACAAUUCUAUCCUGACCUACACAAGGACGAAUCGUCCGUAUCAUAUCCUACAAUCAGCACAGAUGAAGGGACAUUUCACCCCUACCCUAAUGCUUGUCUGACGCCAUGUAUUGCAGUUGGUGACAGCUAG